AUGACUGAAUUAGAGACAGCAAUUGUAAUGAUCAUCGAUGUCUUUGACAGGUAUUCCUGCACAGAAGGCAACAGAUUGACCCUCACGAAGGGGGAGAUGAAAACACUUUUGGAGAAAGAACUUCCAGGAAUCCUUUCGAAUGCAAAAGAGAAGGAUGCUUCAGAGAAAAUCCUGAAAGAUCUGGAUGCAAAUGGAGAUUCAGAAGUGGACUUUAAUGAAUUCAUUAUCCUUGUGGCUGCGCUGACCUGCCUUGGCCAUAAAAAAUUUGAAGAAAUGCAACAAAAUAAAUAA